UUUAUAUCUUUGGGAAGUCUGUCGGUAGUAGCUGAGCAUACCACAGCUUGAUUGUCGUCUUAUGUCACGUGUAGAGACCAGCCUAAACUAUUCCUAUUUAAUCGUUGAGCCCUUUUUCGGGGUUCAGUUGUUCCUGGCGACUUGCUGAGAUUGCAGUCGUUCGCUUCAGGUUCAUGAUUUGAGUUUUGCUAAACACGAGAGGAGAAAAGUGAAGAAUGACGCAGUUUCUACCACCGAACCUAUUGGCCCUCUUUGCACCGCGGGACCCCAUCCCCUUCUUACCUCAGUUAGUCAAGUUGCCCCACGAGAAACACCAUAACCAGCCAUACUGCGGGAUCGCGCCAUUCAUCAGGCAUUUCGAGGACCCAAGAGAUGCACCUCCACCGACAAGAGCCGAGACCCGGGAGGAGCGCCUGGAGAGAAAGAGGCGAGAGAAAAUUGAGAGAAGACAGACAGAAGUGGAGACAGAACUCAAACUUUGGGACCCCCAUAAUGACCCAAACGCCCAAGGGGAUGCCUUCAAGACUUUGUUCGUGGCACGAGUGAACUAUGAUACCACAGAGUCCAAACUUCGUCGAGAGUUUGAAGUCUAUGGACCUAUCAAACGGAUUUACAUAGUCUACAACAAGAAGACAGGAAAGCCCCGGGGCUAUGCGUUCAUUGAGUACGAACAUGAACGAGAUAUGCACUCUGCCUACAAGCAUGCAGACGGGAAGAAGAUCGACGGCAGGAGGGUGUUGGUGGAUGUGGAGCGAGGACGCACUGUCAAAGGCUGGCUUCCCCGCAGGCUAGGAGGGGGGUUAGGUGGCACAAGGAGAGGUGGAGCUGAUGUCAACAUCAAGCACUCUGGACGGGACGACGCAUCUCGUUACGAUGAACGCCCGCUGGGGGGGGGUGACCGCGCUGACCGACGGGAACGCAGUCGGGAUCGAGGAGACAAGGAUAGAGAACGUCGGAGGUCCCGGUCCCGGGAAAGGCGUCGGCACACCCGUUCCCGGGAGAGAGAGCGGGAGCGAGAGCGGCCCGUAGUAGUAGCAGCAGAAGAAAGCAGCGGUGGUAGCCGGCGCCGCGAACGAGAGCGGGAACGUGGAGGAGGAGGGGGGGGUGGAGGAGGAGACAGCAAGAGUAGGGAGAGAAGCCGAGACCGGAAGAGGAGGAGCAGGAGCCGAGAUCGCAAGAGGGACAGGGAGAGAGGCAAGGGGCUGGAGGAGGAGGAGGGCCCCGGAGAGGGCCCCCCCGAGGCCCUGGAGCGCAUGCACGACGAGCACGAGGGAGAAGCCGGCGAGGCUGUGGAGGAGCGGCGAGACAGAGACAAGGACAGACGGCGCAGCCACAGGGACCGCGACCGCCGCCGAGGGGACCGGGAGCGAGAGCGCGAGCACAAGAGGGAGCGAGGAGACCGGGAGAGGGCUGACCGCCGGGAGGAGCGCCACGCCUCCUCACGCGACGACGCCGGCCCUCAGGACGACACGGCCAACGACGAGAACGCCACGCCCGCCAACGCCGAGUACAGCCAGGACGGAAUGAUCGACGAGCAGUCGGUGCCCUCGUCUGACAACUACGGCUCCAGCGAGAACGGCUUCAAGAUGGAAACGGCAGGAGAUGAGUAUUGA